GAGCGUGGAGUUUGGAGUCUGCCCUCCCCUCAGAUAAAACAUAAUAGGAGAAGCUCAUACUUGCUUCCUUUCUUUUUUGGCCCUUUUGUGCCACUUCAGCCGCGGACUCUUCUUCUGUUCUUCUGGCUGCAGAGAGAGGACACAAUGUUAGCUCUAUCUGUGUUCUUGCUUUGUGCAGUCUCCUCUGUCUCAGCUUCUGACAAAGGUGCUGCUGGACCCCGGCUGAACAACAACCAGCUGUACAAAUUCAGCUACAGCACUGAGGUGCUGGUGGACAGGACCAGAGGGUCAAAAGGGGGCAGUACUGGCUAUAGGAUCUCGAGUGAUGUGGACGUCAACCUGGUGUGGAGAGGUCCCAGCAGCAAAGACGACCAGCUCAUUCAACUGGCGAUCUCAAAUGUGAGGAUCGAGCCUGCGUCCGUCCGAUCAGAGAAGAAGAACGUCCUCCAUGGAGCCACUACAGAAAGCGUUUUGGGGAAAACCAAACUAGCAGCUCUGACUAAACCUUUCUUGUUGCAUCUGAGAAAUGGAAAGACAAAAGCAUUUUAUUCCUACUGGGCCGAACCUGCAACCAUCAAGAACCUAAAAAGAGGGCUGGCCAGCUUACUGCAAGUGCAGCUCAACAACGGGAAGGUUAUCGAGAACGACGUGUCUGGAAGGUGCACAGUCCUGUACAGGGCAGUGAAUGAUCAAGUGACCAGAACCAAGAUCCUGGAGACGUGCAAGACUGCAGAGACCGGGUUUACCACACACAGUCAGGUGUUGGGUGUGAGCAGGAAGUCCAGUUCUGUUACAACAUUCACACUUGAAGAUGGUUUCAUCCGCUCGGCCGUGGCUGAAGAAGCUCACUCAGUGGCUGUUAACGCCCGCAGAUCUGCUGCAACUAAAAUCGUGUCCAGGCAAUCCCUCACAUUGGUGGGAACAGAGGCCGGACCGCUGGAGGCUGCUGGGAAAGAUGUGACUGGAGUUGUCAAGUCAAUCGAUGCCAAACUGGCAGCUGUUGGAAUCGUUGCGGAGAAGGUCAAAUCCCAGUGCAAAGGCUGUCCAUCACUUUUUGAACACUGGCAGACUCAAAGUAAGCAGCUGGAGCCGGCGAGCCUGUCCAAAGCCACAGCUCCUCGCAGCUUCCUGGCCCUCAUCCAGAGCAUUAGGAAGGCGUCCAAGGACGACAUCCUCAAAGUGUUGAAGAGUGCCAGCAAGACAUCUCUACCUCAGGUUGUGGAUGCUGUGACCUCCUCUCAGACUGUUGCAUCUCUGGAUGCCAUGCUUGAGUUCCUUAACUUCACAGAUGCCAAAGGUUUGGUUCUGCAGGAGAGGUUUCUCUACGCGUGUGGCUUCGCUUCACAUCCCAAUGAGAAAAUGCUCGAGGUUCUGCUGGAUAUUUCGAAGGGAAAGAUCGGCAGCACGGACAUUAAAGAGUCAGUGGUGAUCAUUAUGGGAGCCCUGGUCCAUAAACUGUGUCAGAAAGGAGGAUGCAACUUACCGACUGUGGAGCAGGUGAAAAAACUUAUGUUAGAAGGUCCCGACAGCACAAAGGUAGAGUCCGAGGUCCAGAUGUAUCUUCUGGCUCUGAAAAACUCGCUGCUCCCCGAGGCCGUCCCCAUCUUCACCAAAUACGCAGAGUCAGAGGUGGGAGCUUACAACACCAUCUCCCUCACUGCCCUGCAGAGAUACGACGUCAGUCUCAUGAGCGAUGAGGUGAAGCUGACAGUGAACAGGGUUUACCACCAGAAUCGACGCAUCUAUGAGAAGAACGUGAGAGCUGCGGCCGCAGACGUCAUCCUCAGUAGCAACCCGUCAUACAUGGAGGUCAAGAAUCUACUUCUCUCCAUCGGAAACCUGCCUCACGAAAUGAACAAGUACAUGCUGUCCAAGAUCCAGGACAUCCUCCGCUUUGAGAUGCCAGCUAGCAAAGUUUUACGACAGGCUAUGAGGGACAUGAUUUCUCAUAACUACGACCGUUUUGCAAAAGUUGGGUCAUCGUCUGCGUACUCAGGAUUCAUGGCACAAUCUGCUGAUGUGACCUCAACAUACAGUUUGGACAUCCUGUAUUCAGGCUCUGGGAUCCUGAGGAGAAGUAACAUGAAUAUUUAUGGUGCAAGUAAUGUAGCAAUGCUACAUGGACUACAGGUGGCGAUUGAGGCCCAGGGUCUGGAGUCACUGAUUGCUGCCACGCCCGACGAGGGAGAGGAGGAUCUGGAGUCAUUUGCUGGGAUGUCAGCUCUGCUGUUCGACGUGCAGCUGCGGCCCGUCACCUUUUUCAAGGGUUACAGUGACCUCAUGUCCAAAAUGUUCUCCAUGACCGGGGAGCCCAUGAAUGUCGUAAAGGGUUUAAUCCUCCUGACUGAUCAUUCUGAGGUGAUCCAGCUGCAGUCCGGUCUGAAGGCGAGUGCGGAGUUCCAGGGAGGAUUAGCCAUUGACAUCUCUGGAGGCAUGGAGAUCAGUCUGUGGUACAGGGAGUCCAAGACCAGCGUCAACAACAGGGGAGCUUUAGUCGUCACUGGCAACGUUACAGUGGACAUGGACUUCAUGAGAACUGGUGUUGAGGUCAGCUUCGAAACAGAGGCAUCGCUGGACUUCAUCACCACUGUCCAGUUUUCUGAAUAUCCCUUCCUGGUGUGCAUGCAGAUGGACAAAACAACCUUCCCUGUCAGUGAAUCCUUUACCAAGUACGAGAGCGUGUCAUCAGGGAAGAGUGUCACGUCAAGAAAGAGCAAGAAUCUGCUCAUCCCAGGCUCUGAAUUCCCUCUCCACCAGGAGAACUCGAACAUGUGCAAGAAAGUUUUUGACUCCAGCUGGUAGAAGAGAUAAAACAAACUAUCCAGGAGCGAAUAUUGUCAUCAAAGAGUGUUUAUUGCAGCUAUCGCACCUCAGCCCCACACAGUGAAAGUACGCAAGAGAGAAAAGUGGUGAAUGUUUUUUUUUUGGGUUUUUUUCAAACAACACAUGCAAAGUUUACAUUCCUGUGAGUAUUUAAGUUUUUUUUUAAUUUGACAAUUUUGUUUGAAAUCAGGAAUUUUUGCAGUGUCUUUUUAUGGAUUUCCUCAAAAAAUGUAUUUAUGAUGGGCACACACAGGAUUUAUGUUCUGUUUGAUGGGUUAUACUCAACAUGAAUAGCACCAUUGUAAUUAUCCCCACACAGUUACAGUAAAGAUGUACAUGUAAAUAUUACACAGUGGAUUAACUCCCCCAUUAAUACAAACACUCUUUCCUGUCAACAUUCCUCUGUUUUUUAAUUAAAUGUGUUUACAGAGGAGUAAUUUAUUGUUUUAUGUUUCACUGUUCACACACCUGCAAUAACUUAUUGAGCAGAGUAAUUAUAAUUAAUUCCAUGUUUUUAUAAUCAUGUUGGUGAUUUUGAAUCAUUCCUACAGAGACGGAGUGUGUGCGUUGUCUUUACUUUGUAUUUGCAAGAUUCAAGGCUAAUCUCCAAAAGUCAAUCCAUCAACACUUGAAUAUAUUUUUUGUACGUGGCUGUAAUUGCUCUGUUUGUCUUAAAAACAUUUGGGUAGUUUAAAGACAUUUUGAGCUGCUCUGAACUUGUGUUUUCAUAUUUAGAGAUCAGUUUAGAUUUGUAAUUGGCUGACAAUAAAUGUGCAGUGGAAACACUUUUCUUUUUGA